AUGUCGACCAUACGGCCAAUGCGGCCAGACGACUUGCUGCGCAUAUCCUCAACGAAUCUUGAUCACCUGACUGAAACAUACAACAUUGGUUUUUACCUCGAGUACCUGACCAGAUGGCCCGAGUUGUGUCAGAUUAUCGAAGGCAUGGAUGGUCAAAUUGAGGGAUAUAUCUUAGGUAAACUCGAAUCAUCGCCUUUCGCACCCCCAAUAAGCCCCUACAAGCCCUCGACCACGGGCGUCGAAUACCCCAACUAUCUCCCAUGGCACGGCCACAUCACUGCCCUGACUGUCGCCCCUAGCGCCCGACGCCUUGGCCACGCAACUGCCCUCUCAUCUGCGCUCGAGCGAUCCUCUGACGCUGCAGAUGCAUGGUUUGUCGAUUUGUUCGUGCGCGCGUCGAAUGAAAUUGCAAAAGAACUAUACCGUAAGAUGGGCUAUAGUGUUUAUCGUGUGGUCAAGGCGUACUACAAUGAUGGCGAGGAUGCUCUGGAUAUGAGGAAGAGUUGCAGUCGGGAUAAGAAUCGGGAGUGUGUGAGGGCUGAUGGUGAAAAGUGGGAGGUUGAGGCUGAUGAUGUGUGGUGA